AUGCCUUCGCCUCUGACGUCCCUCUCGGCCCUCUGGGCUCCCUCCGACCCCCGUCCACCCCAAGGAUGUCAGCUGCGUUAUCGGGAGAACAUCGUUCAUCGAACCCAGCUCCUUCUCACUCUCCUCGAGGACUACGUCGACUUUUACGCGCAGGAGAAGUUCGGCAACAGCUGGGCUGUGAUGGACGCCAUUUUCAGUCCGGAAGUGGACGCACACUUGGUGCUCGUGUGCGACCAACAGCUCGAGUGCGACCAGGUCCUCCCUCGCCUGCCCUCGCCCCCCUCGACCUCCCCCGAGUCCGAGGAGCUCCUCCAACAACUGCUCACUCUCAGCCGUCGCUACGCCCUCGCCCUCGAGCUGGUGUUCCUCGACCAGUCUCUCCACGAGGACCACUUGGUCCUCCUGGAGAGGACGGACCAGAUCUACAGACACGUCCAGGGCCUCGUGGACGUGAUCGUGGCCCAGGUGGAGCAGUGCCGAGUGGACGCAGACGACGCCGUGGUCGCGAGGCUGGCGGGGAAGCUGUACAAGGGCGCCUCCUCCGACGGGAGGAACCAGCGCGGCUUCCGCACCUUGAGGCAGUGUCUGUUGGGGCUUCGCUACAUCAGGAGCCUCUUGUAGUCGAGCCUCCUCUCG